UGCCACCAACCUUUACGUCCUCUGAAAAGUCUUCAGUCUUCUAUAGCCACCAAGAACCCACAAAUAACAAUUCCGAAAGUCUUCAGUUUGAUCUGUCAAACUCUGAUUUCCAAGCUUUUCUACAGUCUUGUUGACCCCCAUAUUAGACGCACUCUCUCUCUCCUCCCUCCUCGCACACGGCAGAAGCAUCCUUUGCGCUCUCUCACGCACACCCGUUCUUGUUUUGCUUCAAGGUUUCAGUAUUCUUUCGCUCUCUGUCUCUGCAAAAUGGGUCUGUUCUCUCUCUCCUGUUUACUCCUUCCCAUCUUCCUGUCUCUGAGCCCAGCACUCUCAACCAACUCGGAAGGAAAUGCUUUGCAUGCUUUGAGAACCAGGCUCUCAGAUCCGAACAACAUGCUUCAGAGCUGGGACCCGACCCUGGUCAAUCCCUGCACUUGGUUCCAUGUCACUUGUGACACCAACAAUCAUGUAAUUAGAUUGGAUUUGGGUAAUUCUAAUGUCUCUGGGACUUUAGGGCCAGAGCUCGGCCAGCUCAAGCAUCUGCGAUACUUGGAGCUUUACAUGAAUGGUCUGGUGGGGAAAAUUCCAAAGGAGUUGGGCAAUUUGAAAAAACUGGUCAGCAUGGAUCUAUAUGGCAACAAAUUAGAAGGACAAAUACCAAAGGCCUUUGCUAAGCUGAAGUCACUUAGAUUUCUCCGUCUCAACAACAAUAAGCUCACGGGACCAAUACCGAAGGAACUCACCACCCUCUCAAACCUCAAAGUCCUUGAUGUUUCUAACAACGCUCUCUGUGGAACGAUUCCCGUGGAUGGUCCAUUCGCCAGUUUCCCAAUGGAAAGCUUCGAGAACAACCGGCUCAGUGGACCAGAGCUGAAAGGACUGGUGCCGUAUGACUUUGGAUGCUGAUGAAGGCUGACUUGCUUGCAUAUCACAUCUAGGACUCUAAAAUAUAAGCUGGUCAUGGUGGCAAUUCAAACUCGGUCGAUCUCAGAGACAUACACAGCAACAUUAUGAUUGGUGUGUUAAUAGUCGGAACGUACCUGCAAGUUAGCAGAAUAAAAGUAUAGCGCUCGGUAAUGUAUUUGCGACAUUCAGGCUGCGUGCGUGCGCGAAUGCUAACACUACGCACGGCGCAGUAUGUUGGGUAAGCACAGCAAUCCUUUCAUCUA